AUGGUUAUCCCAUUUUUCUUGUCAUUGUUGUUUGCUGGUUCCUCGCCAGACAGAGUACCUCAUGUCGGUGAGAUUGGGGCCUUUUGUGACCCACGUAAUUUGCCGUGUACAACUCCAAAUACUUUUUGCGUCAAUAAUAUCUGCGCCUGCUCACCAAUGUACGAAGAGGUCAACAAAGAGUGUAUCUUAAAAUCAAGUAAAACUCUGGCAUCGAAAUGUAAAACAUCGGAUGAAUGUACGGGAAAGGGAGAAUACUGCAAUAGGGACAGUGGAAAAUGCUGGUGCUUAUCAACACAUUUCGUCCUAGGCGGAAAGUGUAAACCAGUAAUUUAUCCGGGACAAAAGGGUUGUGAAGAUUCAAGACAAUGUGCUAAAGGUUAUCCAGGUGCUAUUUGCAGUCAGAAUAAAUGCCACUGUCCAAAGGGUUUUAAAGCUAAGGCAUUCAGUUGUUUCAAAAAUAAACGAUAUACUCCACAACGCAAACGAUCGCAACCGCCCUCUAUGAGCGCUUACGACCAAAUUAGUUUUACUGAAAAAGCAAAAUAUAACCUAUCCGGCUUCCCAACAGUGCACCGAACAACCGUUUCAUUUUUAUGCCCUGUACAGCAAGUAUUUAUAGAAGAAGUUGGCAUUUGUAUGACAACACGACUACCGGGCGAAUCUUGUCAUUACUCUGAACAGUGUAUAGCAACUGAACCGGGAGCAUUUUGUCAGAAACUGAAAUGUACGUGUGCUCGGGGAAUGAAAUUCAGUGGAAAUUCAUGUACUUUAAGGGAUACAAAGUGUUCUAUUCAUGGUUAUGUUUGGGUACCUGAAGUGGGCCAGUGUAUGCAAGUGCUACCACCCGGUGCAAAUGGUUGCAGUCACUCAGUACAAUGUUCAGCAGCCGUUGAUGGCGCAUACUGUUUUCGGCAUAAAUGUAUGUGUCCUGGGAAACUAAUACCGAUUAAUGGGAUAUGUGCGGUGAAAUGUCACGAAAACAUGACAUUCUCUGCAAUAGUUGGAAAAUGUAUAUCAGCUGUUAAACCAGGAAGGCAAUGUCAGUACUCAUCACAGUGUCAAACAAGUAACGCUGAAAUGAUUUGUAUUCGAGGAAUUUGUCGUUGCUCUCUGGGUAAAGUAUUCACAGGUGACAGGUGUGCUGAAAAUUGCCUUCAAGGUCAUAUUGUCGGUAAUAACGGAAUAUGCAAACAAGUGGUAAAUGCUUGCUCAAUUGGAAGUGAGCAAUGUCUGAGUAGCUCAAGCUGUUCUUCCGGUAUAUGCGAAUGUCCGUUUGGGACAGUAUCAAAAUCCGGUGAAUGUUUAUUAGAACGAAGGGUUCCCAUUGGUUUUCCUUGUAACUCUACUCAAAUUUGUCUCGGAAUUGCAAAUUGCAUUGAUGGCAUCUGUCAGUGCCCAAUGGGUAUGGUUAUACAGAAUGGGAAGUGUCGUGACUUUAUGUUAAGUGGUGCUGGAGGUAGUUGUGCUAGCGGAGAAUUAUGCAGCGGUGGAUCGAUAUGUACCAAAUCGAUCUGUUUAUGCCCAACUGGUACAACAAACCAAAGUGGUCUAUGCGUACCUGAACAAAAAAAAUUUUUUCUCUUUCCAAGAAAAUAUGAAGAGACAUGUAUAAAUGGAGGAACAUGUUCUGGUGAUUUACUUUGUAUCGAUGGGAUUUGUCAGUGCCCGCAAGGGACAUUCUUGAAUAAUAGACAAUGCAUAGCAUCAACAGGUAAAUGCUCGAAUUCCUUGCAGUGUGGAGAAAACUCCUAUUGCGAUCACAAAAGCGGUCUUUGUAUUUGCCAAGAUGGGCACCAGUACUGGAAUCAGUCCUGUAUACCAACGUUUUCACGUACGUUAAUAUCACCAAUCAAAACAUGUAUCAUCAAUGCCGAUUGCAUAGCUGGUACGAAGUGCGUCGCAAACAGAUGUCAUUGUCCAGCAGGUGAGAUUUUUACGGAGGGUAGAUGUCAGAUGGUUUUUGCUGAACCUGGCGAAUCUUGUUUUAAUGGGGAAACUUGCGUAUCAAACUAUGUUUGCAUUAAUGGUUCAUGUUCAUGUCCUGAUGGUGAAGUGUCGAAGGAUGGCAAUUGUAUUACAGAGGAUACUGAAAUUAAGAAGUAUACCAGCUACCAAGCCGAGCCUAAUUCUCCCUGUAACAGGGGUGAACUUUGUAUCGGUGGAUCAUUUUGCAAUGUUAUGGAUGGACUUUGUCGAUGUCCUGCGGAUACUAUCUUGCAAAGUGGAAGAUGUGAAUUCACUAAUGAACAAUUGCUUUUCACGCUUCCGCCACAGUACAUUUUUAAUCGAAGUAAGGACAUGCUAAGGAGAUCAUCGAAUCAUACUAGAAUCAAUGUAACUCGAGUAACACUUCGUAUAAAUGGUUGCGAAAGUAACGAUGAUUGCCACGGCGGCUCUUACUGUUUUGGCCACCGAUGCGUUUGUCCCAUUAAUAUGAUCAUGAAAGGUGGCUUAUGUCAGAGAAUGUUCCCGACUUCACGUGAGAGAGCGGGUAGACGAUGUUCAGCAAACUACGAUUGUGUAAUGCAUAAUACAGUAUGUCAGAAGGGAGUAUGCGUCUGCCUUUCUGGAUAUGAUUUGUUUGGAGGUACAAAAUGUAUACCAAAAGCAACACCCUUCCUUAAAACUUACCGACAAACAGUAAUACCAGCAGUAACGACAGCAAUUACUCCUAUGAGCAACAGUAUUGUCGAGAACAGUAAAACUGAUGAAAUGGUAACAGAUAAAGUGAUAAGUCCAGAGAAAGAAAUUAAACCAGAUGAAACAAGCCUUGGUUCUACAACGUUCACAGCUUUAUCACUAACUGACGUUGGCAAUGAACGUAUACCAUCGAGUCGGCAAACUGAAGUAAUCGUAAACAUAUCAGGUGGCGUUUGCAACGAAACAACACUCUGUCUGUUUUUCUCCGUCUGUCGUAGCGGUAUUUGUAAAUGUCCUUUGGGUACUCGUAUCUCCGACACAGAAUGCAAAUUUAUGGUUGAUGUAAGUCGCCUGCGACAAUUCGAGAAAUUAUUGCAUAAUGGAUAUUCGCUAUUAGCGUAUUCGAAAGGUGCUACAGUUCCGUUUAAGUCGCAAACAACCCAUUCGUUAUCUUUAACAGCUGCAAGUCAGUCUAAUUCAACUGUAAAAGUUAUUACAAUGCCAGCGAAUCGGAUUCGGAGUAUGAAGGAAGUGUGGCCAACGACGCAGCCACAGAUACAGCCUAAACUUGUAACAUCGAUGAGCAAAGCAUCGCGUUUGGGCGCUUAUUGUGAUGAUGAAAAAGCUUACUGCGCAAAUGGUUCAGUAUGUAUUGAAAAUCAAUGUGUGUGCGAGUCUGAUGAUGUAAUGAUUGACAAUAUGUGUGUUCCACGUGUUCAUGUUCGAUGUAAAACAUCCCGGCAGUGUCCUUCUCGGGCACAAUGUAUCCACGGUUUAUGCUCUUGUGUCUCAGGUACUGCUAUGUCUCGAUAUGGCUUCUGUAUACCAGUGAAUAUCGAAUCACAUCCUGGAAUGCCUUGUUCUGAUGGAGAGACGUGCAGUGGAUUUUCGAAGUGUAUCCGAGGGUUGUGUACCUGUCCACCUGAGAAGAAUAACAUCGUUGAUAAUGAAUGUGUUAAAGUUCGUGAAGAAAAUAGUGGUUGCACACUUGAUCCAACUACAUGCCGUAAUGUGAAUGUUGGUGGACCUUGCAAUGAAAAUGAUAUAAGAAUACAAUGCUCGGGUAACUCAAUAUGUGCAAAUGGCUUUUGCACUUGUCCAAGCGGAGAACGAGUUGUCAGUGGUAUUUGUAUUCCCAUCAAUUCACAAGGAGCACCAGGAGAAAUCUGUGAAACAGGCUAUACCAAAUGUACGGGUAAUUCAAUGUGUAUUGAUAAUUACUGUAAAUGCAUUUCUGAUCAGGUAGCGGUAAAUGGUCAAUGUACGAUGCAAUAUCGUCUGGUACUUCCAAAUCAUGCAUGCGACGGAAAUAUGUUCUGCACUGGUGGCUCUAUUUGCGUUCUAGGCGUUUGCAAGUGUCCAAGUGGAAUGUACUCAACAUCUGGUGUAUUGAUUUGCAGACAUCAGCCUAUUUCACUUAUUCAUGCUGAUACAAUCCUUACAAGUCAGCCAGGAUAUUUACGAAAAACAGUGGUCGCUCAAGGCAAACGCAAUUGGCAACCGCUCAAAGACUGUCCAGUGACUCCUUCAUGUCUCCUACCUAAUUGCUUCUGUUCAAGAUCCGGAUUGGAGAUUCCCAAUGGAUUAUUGGCAAGAGAUGUGCCACAAAUAAUUAUAUUAACAUUCGAUGGUCCGAUAACCGAUCGAGCAUUUGUCGUAUACAAAUCACUGUUCAGUGGGCAGUAUCGGAAUCCAAACGGUUGUCCCAUAAAAGGUACUUUUUUUGUGUCCAGUGAAUGGAAUAACUAUGAUCAAACCCAAUGGUUAAUAAGUAAUGGCCACGAAGUCGCUGUGAAUUCCAUUACACAUCGAAAUUUGAGUGGUGAGACUGUGGAACGUUGGGAGAAAGAAAUGGUUGGCAUGCGUGAUGCACUACGACAUUUUAGCUAUGCAAACGCAGCAGACAUUACUGGUGUACGAGCGCCGCAACUCGAGCUAGGAGGCGAUAAUCAAUUUGAUAUGAUGGAAAAGUAUGGCUUUCUUUAUGAUAAUACAAUGAGUGUAAGCGGUGGACCAUAUUGGCCACAAACAUUGGCAUAUAGUACAGCUUGGAAGUGUUCAUCAAGUUUCUGUCCGAAAAAUGCCCACCCAAAUGUUUGGGAAAUACCGAUAAAUCGCUUCACUGUAUUGGGCUUACAAAAAGAAUUCACAAUGUUGAAAGAAGCUGUCCGUCGUGACGACUCUCCUUGGGAUGUUGCGGAGAUGUUGGAAAUGAAUUUCAAUCGUUCAUACAAUUACAACAGAGCUCCGUAUCUGUUAACUGCUGACAUUAAUUUCCUCAAUGCAUUACCAAAUGAAGGAGCCAUCAUUGCCCUAAAAUUAUUUAUCGAGAAAAUAUCAAAAAACUCAGAUGUAUAUUUUGUAACAGCUACGCAGGCAUUGAAGUGGAUUAAACAACCAACACGUUUAUUACAUAUUCAUAGCUUUGAACCGUGGCAGUGUAAUGUGCCAUUUAAGAACAACAUGACUACUUGUGAGACUCCAUCCAGUUGUUCAUUUACUUGCAACAGCGAAACUCGUAUUCUACGUAUAUGUGGUACUUGUCCACAAGUGUAUCCAAAUCUUGGUAAUCCUACUGGCACUGGAAAUUCAACCGUCGAUCGAUAA